UUUAGUAUCUGAAGCGGGCAAUAUUGCCCCCGGUGGCCGAUAGGCGUCACUGCGACACCAUCCUCAGCAAGGUGUCCUGUCACUUGAGACUCGAGCUGUCACCUUUUCGACAACCUUGCCAGCGGGAGGUCACGUUCCUGUCGUACUGCCUGCUCACCGGCGAUGCGAGAUUAGGGCUCGUUCUGAAACUAAACGAGGGCAACUCUUUCUAGUGCUCUCUUGUGACUGAAAGGAGUGCUAAGAUUGUUGACAGCAGGCUGAAAGGUCAAAGUUUGUGAGGGUGGAGCCUGAUGGAUCAUGGUGGUCAGUUGGACUAUGAGGACACAAUAAUGUCACAAGUUGUGCCAGAUGGGAUUGACUGUUGUGAUAACACACCCCAUCUUGAACCUCUCACUGCCAAAGCUCAAAACCUCAACAAGAUCAACUCACUCAAUCAGACUGAACAUACGGCAGCGCUAAAUAAUGAUUUCGGAGCUGGACUCUCCUCGCAAGUGUCUUCCAACGACAAUGCAGAGAACGAGGAGUUGGAGAGACACAAAAGCAGAAGCCAAGAAGAAGAAGAAGAGGAUAUUGAUGAGGUGAUGAAGGAUGAAGAGGAAGAAUCGGAGGCAUCAAGUUGCCAAAUCCACUGCCAGUCUCCAGAUCCUGUUAUGACUGAUUCCUCCUAUUCAGAAACAGGAAGUCUGCUGGAGAAUCCUUUCAGUCCUGGGACAAGUCCUGAAUCUGCAUCCCCAGUCUUGCAAGAAACAUCAUGCCCCAUCAGCCCAUUGGAACUGAGCCAGAGUGAAGUGGAUUUCGACACAGGCCUGAGCUGUACCGAUGGACCUGAACAUAUCCCAGCAACCACUGCCAGAAACGCACAAUCCAUUUCGGGUCCUCUUACCACAUCUACGGUCCCCAGUGAAGGGCUCACAUUCCCUAAUGUUUCUGACGUUCGCCCAGAGACAUCCCCAUUUAGGCUCAAUACCUUCAUCACAUCUGAUAACCAAACAGCAGAGCUCUUUACCUUCACCACAGGGCAUAUAACCACUGGUACACAAUCCUUCUCCUCUUCUGGAUCGGCAUAUAUGAAAUCAGAUAACUCUCGCUCCACUUCAGUGCCCAGCUGCACCACAAAGCCCAUCCCGACUCUGAUGGCCUCCCUGGACCAGUUGGCCCUGAGAGGUGAUGAUAGUUGCCUCCCACAAGCCCUUCAUCAGAUUGCUGAAGCCUCUGUCCGUCAUGAAGAUUACUGUUUGGCUUUACGGUGCAUUCAGCUGGAGAGGCUUUAUCACCAGAGAGUGUUGGACAACCUGAAUGCUCUUGAGCAAAAGUGGGAAAGUCUGUGCACAAAAAGCUCACCCAGCCUGGAAGCCCAUCAUCUGGACACUCUCAGAGACAUCUGCCAGACACACACUCGACCAAAUGCUACAGAUGCAGCAUCUUCAUCUCUGGACUUCUUAAGGCUCCAACUUCAACAAGGGGAUGCAUUACCCUCACCAGCCCGUCACAUUGAAGGUAGGAUGGAGAACAGCGCAGAAGACGCUUCGUGUCCACAGACCAGCCAUCCACUCACACCCUCCAUUAAUCUGUCGCAUCGACUCAAUUCCCCCGAUAGUACUGAAAAGGACAGGGAAGACCCUGUAUGCAAUCUAGAAGGGAGGGCCAGUUUGGAUUGGACUGACCUGACUGACGAAAAGGAAGGCAGUGGUAGAGAGAGAGGGGAGCGUCUGGAUCACGCCACCUCAGCCCCAGGAAAUGUGGUGCACCCCUCUGAAGAUGUACAAAUGGAUCAGGCCGAGCCCGCAGAGCAGCAGGGAGGAGAUUUAGGUUUGGAUCUGGAAAAAGAGGUGGAUAGGGAGGACGAAGGCAGCGAUGUGGGAGAGGCAGUGGAGGCGCUGAAGAUGGAAGAUGAGACUGAAGAAGAAGAGGGAGAGGAAGAGAGGAAAGUGCUCAGCGGGAUAAGUGUGGAGGUAGAACAUCAGCACCAGGAAGCUCAAGUGGAAGGAAAAGAGGAUAUUUGUCAAGAGAUCGAGGAGGGAAAUGAAAGCAGCCUGCAGCAGGAUGAUGAUGAUGAUGAUGAUGCCCAUCUUCCUCAAGAGGCUCUCCUGAAGCACCCAGGGCUGGGCGAUGAGGAGCAGGAAGAAUACGAGGCUGAGCGAGCUGACACCUUUCGAGACGCUAUCACACUAGACGACAUGGCUAAACUCAUCACUGUAGAGAUGUCUCCUGCUUCUGGCCUCAUCUCCAUCUUGAAGAAGAGGACUUUGCCUUCCGACAAUCUUCGUUUGUCUGCAAGUGUGGAGUCCAGAUCCGAUAAACCCACUGCCAAAAGACGAGUCCGCUUUAAAGUAGCAGAUGACGGCUUUGAUAGUGAUGUUGGUGGCAGAGACUCCUGCCUGCUUCUCUUCCUGCUUUGUCUAGUUACUGUGGUGAUCAGCAUGGGUGGCACCACCCUUUACUGCGCUCUGGGUGACGUGCACUCCUCGGUCUGCCGGGACUUCUCCAGAAAUGUGGACUUUUACUUUGGACAGAUGCAGCGCGCCGUAGCUCAGCUCCACCAGUGGUUAGCACCGAGUUCUACGUAGCGGCCCGUCAACGCGGGACAGACAACGGUCAGCGUUGUACAAGUCAGUGUCGCCCGGGUGUCCCUUUUGUGAUGAAACCGUGAAAGAAGUGGGUAAACCUCAGGUCCACCAAAGACUCUCUUGUUUAGAAGUAAACAGUGACUGGAUCCAUAGUACUCACUGGCCUCGUUCAAGAAAGCAAGAAUAACAGCUGACACCAUUUUAAUUAAAUUGGUGUUUAAAAAAAAAAAAAAAUGGAGGGCUCCGAUGUGCUCUCUACACGUGCUGCACAAAUAUUGGCCUCAAGGGCAUUUUGCAAAAUGUUGCAACCUCUAGAGUUGCUUUUAUUGACUUUUUUUAAGAACAACAAAUGGGGGGGAAAAAAAUCAUACAUUGCAGAGUCUUAAUCAUGUCUUAACACGCUGAAUGAAUGUUUUUGGUUACAUGUUAAGCAUUUACACUAUGUAUUUUCUAAGUUUUCUUUUUGACAGAAAUUGAGCUGUUGCUGGACCACGGACAAUUUACGAUAAAUAAUGCUGAUCUUAAGCUAUGCAUUGUUCGACCACUUAGUGUGUUGUACUUGUACAUUUACAAACUAAUAUAACACAUACAUGUACAGGAAUAUGGGAAUGUUUAACAUAACUGGUACGAUACUUUUUUUUAUUUUGUAAUACUGCAAUAUUAUCCUCAGACUAGAGACCUCUUGCACCUAACAAUUAUUUGUUGUAAUUGACAAUAUUUGUGUGAUGUUAUGUAGCAUUGUGUCGGCACAGCUGUCUUUUCAUCUCUCAGGAUUUCUGGGCAUCAUCCUGUUUGUGUUGAGCCACUGUUGUUUUGUUUUGUUUCCCCACAUUUGAGAUUGAAUUGUAGAUUUUUUUUUUCAACUUUUGGUUGGAGACCUUUUCUUUGUGGGGCCCUUUUUUGGGGGGGGGGGAAUACGUCACGGUGUUGUCCGAGCAGUCAACUUUUUGUUUUGAAGCACUUGUAGUAGAUAUCAACUCUGUACAUGACACGUUGAGUACUGCGUUGGAUGCCCGCAAACGGUGUGGAAAAUAUAUAAAAAAUGGCAAUGGUACAGUUUUCCCAUAUUAGGAGUUUCCAUGCAGUCUUAUAUGCAUUAUAAAUUUAAAGUAAGCAGUAUUAUCAUGCCACAAAAUUCUGUAAUUCCUCAUAUUUUUUUUCGAGGAGUCAUUUGGCUGGUUCAGAUGACUGAAAAUCAUGUUUAAUUAUGUCUACUUUUUAUUUAUGACUCAGCGGAUGCAAAACAAAAUUUUUUGUUGUUGUUCUCGUCACUUAAUUGUUUUUUGCACAUUAAAACAGCUUUUUAUUA